AUGACCAUCGAAAAGAAAAAUGCAAUAAAUUGCAAGCGCCUGCACAGAGCCAACAUGAUUUUUGCCACCAUAAGCAACGAUAACAAUUACAUAUGUAUCAUCACGCAUAACGAAAAUGAUUACAACUUAGAGCUGUUCAGUGGGAGCAACCAAAUGCAGAAAAUAUUUCGGAAGACCAUUCCAGACAGCCUUAAUAAAGUUUAUAUAAAUCAUUGCAACAAGUACAUUUGCGUGACGAGUCAAAAUGGCAGCAUAUACAUCCUCGACAUGAAGGGGAACCUUGUGUACAAAAAUGAGGGGAUGCAUUGCUUGUACUGGAGAAAGGGAGGUACUCCGACGAAGGUUAUCCCCGCAAAAAAUGGCUAUUCCAAAAGAAAGCGCAAAAAGGAGACCAACUGGACCAGCGGCGAUAAGGAUCAUCAAGCGAAAGACAACACUCUAAUUGAUUCCAUCGCAAAGAGAUUUAAAUGUGACAAAUCGGCAAAGAAGGAAAAUUCCGUUGUACUCCCUCUUAACAAUAAUAUGAAAAAAACAAAUAACGGAAAAUUAACGGGUGAUAAAAAUCACCUGACCCGUUCAGGCAAAAAUAGAGACACGAAAAGUAGGAAGCAACCGAUUAGCAGCAACAUUAUUAUGAAAAACGAAAUAAACAAAGAGGAUCAUGUCCUCAGUGGGAACGUAUUAAAGAGCGGCACAACGGCGAGGAGGUACAAAUCUGUGGGAAACGAAAAGGAGAUGAAAAAACAGCCCAACGGGAGGAUUCCCACGAGACAAUCCAGUAAUUACAACGUGAUUAAACCCUCCAAGGAGAUAACGCGAAGUGUAUUAAAUAGGUCAAUAAGGAGGGGAAAAAAUAACGGCAAACACACAGACUGUGAUGACAAGACAAAUGGUAACCAGACAAACAAUAAGCGGACAACUGAUAACGAGACAAAUGUUGACGAGAUGGAAGAAAAACAUUCCGAUGUGAGUAUUAAAUCUGAUUCAACCAUCUUCGGAAAUUACGAUUUCUGCUUAAGCAAAGAGGUGUGUGAUUACUUCUUCUCCACCCCCCCGACGAACCGGAUUGCAAAAUAUAGAGAAGUAAACGAAUUAAAUUCCAACACGCAGUACGAAAAAAUUCCCCUCGAAAUUGUGGACAUAUUCUGGAUUAACGUAGAAAAAGAUAACAGAAAUAAAUGUCCAGGAAAUUAUGGCCAUUAUUACCUUUUCAGUUACUUUGACAACGUGCAUAUUAUCCAUAGCCUGGACGUAGGGUUUAACGUUAUAUGUUCCAUGAAUUUAAAGAUUAUACUUUAUAAGUGCAACGUUUUAAACCAUUUUUAUAAAAAUAUCAAUUCGUACGUUCGACUAAAAAAUGAUAUUGUUCAGGCAUUUAAAAAGAAAUUUAUAAGAAAAUGGAAAGCCAAAAAUAAGUACGCAUGUGUCAGGUCGGUAAAACAUAAUUGCCAUCGGAACAAAAUGAAUCAUUUCAACAUAUCAAUGAGGAGGGUUAACAGUCUACGUCCUGGUUUUAAUGCACACAAUUGGGGUACGACUGAAUCUUUUUCCUUUCUCCACCAUUUAGACGUAAAAGAAAGUAUCAUUAAAAGAAUCUUCAACGACCUCGUUAUUGACAUCAAGCAAUCGUACAUUUCGAAUGAGCAACAUUACAUUUUAGUGAACUACUACGUACGUGUAAAGCGGAAGUACUUGAACUUCUCUAGCUUAGAGCCCCGUCGAUUGGGGUGGACAGGCGAACCGUUCAUCCAACCUGGAAGUCUCCCCCAAAAGGAGAGCAACUCCCGAAUCAGGCACAACAAAUUCAAUCUAAAAAGAAUGAUCUUGAACAGAGAAAAGGAAAACCAACGUACAUUGACAGGGGACAAGUACAAAAUGUGUCUCCUUGGCAUGCAAAAAUUUGCGAACGUGCAAAAAGAAUUCAGAUGCGUCCAAAAAAUAAUCCUCUACCUCCUACACUCUUCCAAUAUUCUCCAUAGCAUCUUUCACAUAUACAGGCAAAUGUCAAGCAUGUACUCAAAAUUUAAGGAGUACAAAAAAAUGCACCAAAUUUAUCGAAGCAUUGUUGAAUUAAAUGAUCACUUUAAGAGAUUCUACUACCGAGAUCGAACCAUAGUUUAUUUUUCCAAAUUUAUUAAAAAUCGGAGGGAGAAUUUUGAUGAAAAUUUGUAUAACUUAUUUUUUAAGGAAAACGAAAAAAGAGAUUUCGCUCGCUACUACGAUGUGGUAAAAAGGAUGAUAAGCGACAACACCAUCUGCUGCACAUGCUCCAAGGAAAAAUUUCUCAGUGGGGAGAUGGCAGUUGAUGAGCAGGGGAAGAUGCUCCAUCAGGAGAAGAAUGUUUAUCAGGGGGUAAGCCAUCCCCUACACGAGGGCGAAGAAAAUGGAGCAAUCCCACGUCCAAACACUGUGGGGGAGGCAGUCAUGGGAAACCAGUUCAAUGAGACAAGUAGGGAAUUAUCAGAGGAUUGCUUGAAUUCUCAUUUUGGGGACACACAGCGUGGUGGGAAGAAGGAAGAGGCGUUUGAGGAGAACAUAAAGAGGGGGGUCCUGAACAGUUACGAAGGGGGUCCCACGAUGAGUUGCGUUAGCGACUCGAUUCGAUGUACAAGCGACAUUAAUGGGCGCUUGAGCAGCACAAGUGGGAUGGUUCCUCUUACGGGACAUCAAAGAAAGGUAAUAAAAAAGGAACCCAAACAUAUUGCGGUAUGGUCGAAGAGCACCAGUUGUCUACAAAAAAUGGACCCAAAAGGAGGAACCACCUCAAGGGGACGGAUAAAUAGUAUGAAGGACAGCCUCAGCACUGAUACUCUGGAACUUAGGGGGAAGGUAAAAAGUGUAAGUCAUAGAAGGCAAUGUGGCACGUCUCUUUGUCCAAAUGGCAGCGGGAAAUAUUGUGACAGUCGUGUGAAUGAGAAAAAUGAAAAAGAUGGAAGUCAUGGAAUGGCUACCUCCCUUCAAAGGGGAACGAUAAAGAACAGGGGUAGGAAUGGCUUCCUUAGGAAAGGUAGCGGAAUUUCUUACAGACAAGGGGUAACGAAUAGAUUGGGUACAGUCGUCUCUACAGGGGAAAAACGCCGUUGCGGCGGUGCGCGACCCGCUAGAGGCGCACAAAGAGGGACAUGCACACAUCGGCCAGGAAAAGGGAAAGUAGCGGAACGUAUACAAGGAAAUGGCAUGACCAAUAUGGGGAACGAAGAAGCGGAAGACUCAGUAAAGGAGAAAAAACGUGGCGAUGAAGAAAAUGAUGAUGAAGACGAUGACGAAGAGGAUGAUGAUGACAGUGAUGACUUGCCCCUCUCGGAAGGCGAACUGGAGGAGCAAUAUCGUCAGAGCCGGAAGUUCAUAGUCCCCCCAGGACAGAACAUUUGUAUCAGCUGCGAACUCCUGAUACAGAAAAAGACAAUACACAAUUUUGAAAAAUUCGAACUGAACUAUGUCCUCCCCAGAAAAAAAAAAAAAAUGAGCGAUGAAGAAAUUUACACCUCCUUAAUCAAGGAUAUCUACCUCAUGUACAGCGAACAGAAAUGUCCAGUCAAUUUGUUGCUACUGUUACAGGAGUUUAGCGAAAAGGAAGUACAGAAAUGUAUGGCCAAUUUUCAAGUCAUCCUAAAUUACUAUGAAAAAAUAUUCCUCGAAAAUAUAAACGAGCAUUUAAUAAAUUUGCACAGAAUAAUAUGCAUUUGUAAAUCCUUAAGUGACAAUACGCAGGUUAUGCUAAAGACAUACCGCCUCGACGUAAUUAAAAAGAUACAAGAGCUCACAAUGUUUUGUGUUAGGAAGUUUCAAAAGUAUUAUAAUUUACAAACACAUUUGAAUAUCUUCCUUUUUUUAAUAGAGUUGUUACUGUUCAUUUCGAAAAAUAUUUAUUUCGAAAAAUUUCCGCAUUAUAAGGAAGCCUUUUCCAACUACAGAAAUUUCGAUGUGGAAAUUUUAAAAAAUUACAAUUCAAUCAGGGAGAACAAAAAAAUUCACUUUAAUCACUUCGACAGAUAUUUACACAACAGUCAGUUGAAGAGGCAAAAAUUCUUUUUAGCACUUUGUACCAUUCAGCAUAACUUGGAUAAAAUUUUUCAGUCCUUCUUCAACAGAAGGGAAGACAACAAAUUCACUUCCAUUUACAACAUUUCCAUCCUCCAUCUUCAAAGCGACCAUCAAUUUCAUUAUUUUACUCUUCCCGGGAAUAUCAUCAAAUAUGACCCUCCCCGUAAUUCCUCUUAUUUUUCCGAUGACUAUGUUGGUCAUAUUGAGCAAAUGCGAUCCCCCGUUUACCCCUUCUACGUCUGCACGUGCGAUCGAUUUUCUUUCCUCCGCAUUGACAAAUAUUACCAGUGCGCCCUGCGCUUCAAGUUGAUCCAGAGGCGUGCCAUAGGAAUUAGCCUACAUCCCCUUACCAUUCUCAACGUAGUGGUCAUAUCCAAGAACUUCUUCUACAUCUUCACCAAAAACGACAAGAAGCUCAACAUCACCUCCCUCAAAGUGAAGUACUACCACUCCGAACGAAGCGGGCUCAAGCGCAAAGGGAAGAUGGACAACCCCAACAAUUUAACCGUUGUCAAGUGCUCCAAUCUGGAAUCCUACUACCCCAGCGCCAACAGCUUCAACCUCAGGCUACAAACAGUAUGCAAUUCCAUUAUUGCGAACUGCGAACUGCACACAUGCCUGAUAUUGCCAGGACUGUGA